AUGCCUCAUAAGAAUAGGAAAUUUGAAUGUGGAAAUGAUAAACGUAAGAAAAAGAAAAAAAUUGAAGAGUUAAUUCAAUCUCAAGUAGGAGCUCUUGAUAAAUUUUUAAUCAAAGAACCACAAGUUUUAAAUGAAAGUCGUUUUGUUGAUAAUAUUGAUACUUUGCCUAUUGAAAAUGAUAAUUUUGAUAGUGUGCCUAUUGAAAAUGAUAAUCUUGAUAUUGUGAAUGGUCCUAAAAGAGAUAAUUAUAUUGUGAAGGGUCAUAAAGAUAGUUUGAAUAGACGUUUUACGGCUAAUUUGUAUACUAGAGCUUUAACAAAUGGAGAGGCGUCCUUUCGUGGUUCUAAGGAGAAAUUGUACGAAGAUAGCAAUGGAAACUUUUUGGGUUUGAUUGAAAUCUUAACUGAAUUUGACCCAAUCAUCCAAGAACAUGUUAGACGUGUUACAACUCAAAAAGUUCAUAUUCAUUAUCUUGGGCAUAACAUACAGAAUGAGUUGAUUUCAUUGCUUGGUUCUGCGAUUAAAAUUGAAAUCAUUAGAAAAAUCAAACAUGCAAAGUAUUUUUCAGUGACACUUGAUUGUACUCCUGAUGUUAGUCACCAAGAGCAAAUGUCUUUGAUAAUAAGAUAUGUGGAUAUUUCUUCAGCUUCUGUUAUUAUUGAGGAAUCAUUUUUAGGAUUUUUGAAUGUGAAUGAUACAAGUGGUCAGCGGCUUUUUGAUGUUUUACAAAAUGAAUUGAAAGAACUUGGUCUCGACCUAUUUGACGUGAGAGGACAAUGUUAUGAUAAUGGGUCUAAUAUGAAAGGAAAACACCAAGGUGUGCAAAAGAGAUUUUUAGACAUAAAUCCGAGAGCCUUUUAUACUCCUUGUGGUUGUCAUAGUUUUAAUUUGACAUUGUGUGAUAUGGCUAACUCUUGUAUUAAAGCUAGGAUUUUUUUUGGAGUUGUUCAACACAUUUAUACAAUUUUUGUCAAUUCUACUAAGAGAUGGCAAAUUUUGAAAGAUAAUGUAAAAGGAUUGACUCCAAAAUCAUUGUCAUCCACUCGUUGGGACAGUCGUGUAGAAAGUGUCAAAGCUAUAAGAACUCAAAUGUUAGAAUUUACAGAAGCUUUGCUUGAAGUGUCAGAAAAUGAUCUUGAUCCUAAAAUACAAAAUGAAGCUAAAUCCUUAGCAACAAAUGAGCUUGGUAAUUUUGAGUUUUUGAUGGCUAUAAUUAUUUGGUUUGAAAUAUUAUCUGCAAUUAAUUCUGUUAGCAAACUUUUACAGGAAAAGGAUAUGCUUAUUGAUGUUGCUAUGCAAAAAAUUAAGGGGUUGAUUUCGUAUUUUGAGGGAUAUAGAGAAACAAGUUUUAUAAGGCGUAUAAUUAAAAGAAAAAGGAAAUUUGAUGAGAAUUUGAAUAUCCCAUCAGUCGAGCUAUCAGAAGAAGAAUCAUUCAGGGUUAAUUAUUUUCUUUACCUUGUUGAUCAAGCAGUUGUUUCUCUUAAUAAGAGGUUUGAGCAAUACCAAGAGUAUGAAAGUAUUUUUGGUUUCUUGUUUACUUCUCACAAGUUACAAUUAUUAGAUGAUGCAACUUUGAAGUCUUGUUGUACUAACUUUGAGCAGACAUUGAAACAUAAUGAGCAAUCUGAUAUUGAUGGGAAUGAAUUUUUUGCAGAGUUGAAGUUACUAAGAGAAAUGUUGCCUGAAGAAACCAUAAGACCUACUGAUAUAUUAUUAUUUUUAAAAGGCUUGGAUUGUUUUCCUAAUACAGUUAUUGCAUAUAGAAUCUUAUUGACUAUUCCUAUGACAAUUGCUUCUGCAGAAAGAAGUUUUUCAAAAUUGAAGUUGUUAAAGGCUUACUUGCGGUCUACCAUGUCACAAGAAAGACUUAAUGGAUUGGCAUUAAUAGCUAUUGAAAAUGAUAUUUUGGAGACAAUAAAAUAUGAAGACUUAGUUGACGAUUUUGCUUCAAAAAGUGUUCGUAAGAAGGCUCUUUUUAUGUAG